GUUUAUGCUCCGCCUCCGCGCUUCACUCCCAAUCCAUAUAUACAAGACUAAGAGGAGAGAGCUUAAUUGACUUUGUCUCUCUGCAAAAAAAAUGGCUCCAAAACGAAGUGGAGUUGGAAAAGCCCCUGUUACUGCAGCUAAGAAGAAACCGGUGGAGAAGGUCUCAAAUCCGUUGUUUGAGAAGAGGUCAAAGCAGUUUGGGAUUGGAGGUGCUUUGCCUCCCAAGAGGGAUUUGAGCCGAUUUGUCAAGUUCCCUAAGGUGGUUAGGAUUCAGAGACAGAAGAGAAUCCUCAAGCAGAGGCUUAAGGUCCCUCCUGCUUUGAACCAGUUCACCAAGACUCUUGACAAGGUUACCGCAUCAAACUUGUUCAAGAUGCUUCUCAAGUAUAGACCUGAGGAUAAAGCUGAAAAGAAGGAGCGCCUGCUGAAAAGGGCUCAGGCUGAGGCUGAAGGAAAAGCUGCUGAGAGCAAGAAGCCAGUUGUUGUGAAAUAUGGUCUCAACCAUGUCACUUACCUUAUUGAGCAGAACAAAGCACAGUUGGUUGUUAUUGCUCAUGAUGUGGAUCCCAUAGAAUUGGUUGUCUGGUUACCUGCUUUGUGCAAGAAGAAGGAGGUGCCUUACUGCAUUGUGAAGGGAAAAGCACGCUUGGGAACGAUUGUUCAUAAGAAAACUGCCUCCAAGUGGGGUGGUGGCAUCAUGGGCUCCAAAUCCCAGGCCAAGACCAAAGCCAGAGAAAAACUUCUUGCAAAGGAAGCAGCUCAGAGAAUGACCUAAAAACCACUUGCAAUUUUCAUUUGUAAUUGUUAAGGACUUCUAUGUUGGUACCCCAUUUCAUUUUGUUGUUUGAGGUUUUUCAGGUAAGGAUAUGAAUUUGGAGGGUCUUGUUUCUUAAGAGGCAAGCUGCCUUCUUUAUCACAAAUUAAGUUACAGGAGGUGCUGGUCCAUCAGCUAAUCUUGGAACUAAGUUGUGUUUGCUAUGGCCUAUUAUAUUACAUUAUGAUUUUUAAUUUUUUUAUUACUAUUCAUUUUCUAUUUCUUUUAUACUAAACUGGGUGUUAGCUU